UUAAGAGCCGUGCACAUCAGCAGGGGACACACACACACACACACUCACACACACCUCCACACUCUGCUCGGCACUGGAAACGAGUGGACACCAGUGGACUCCAGCGGACACCAGUGGACCCCAGUGGACACCAGCCGACCUCAUGGACCUACUCUCCCCGAAGAUCCUGCAGCAGCCGCGGACCCGGCGCGGCAGCAUUAAGCUGUUUGUCCUGUGCCACGGCCUCCUGCAAUUCUCUCAGCUGCUGUACAGCUCGUACUUCAAGAGCACCAUCACCACUAUCGAGAGACGCUAUGGCCUCAGCAGCUACUCCUCUGGAACCAUUUCCUCUCUUCACGAGAUCAGCAACAGUGUGCUGAUCGUGUUCGUGAGCUACUUCGGAAAUCGGGUUCACCGUCCUCGUGUCAUUGGAGUGGGAGGAUUACUGAUGGCCGUCAGUGCCAUGAUCCUGACCUUACCUCACUUCGUGUCCCAGCCCUACGAAUAUGACUCCGUUUUAAACAAUCGCCACGACAUUUGCAACCUGCAGCAGAAUUCGAGCGCCACAGAUACUUGCGGCCGUGACGAGACCCAGCGUCUGACCGACACCAACAACCUGUGGCUGCUCAUGGCCACUGCUCAGCUGCUAUUUGGUGUUGGCUCGGUGCCCAUCCAGCCCUUUGGGAUUUCUUACAUCGAUGAUUUUGCAGGGCCUGGCAACUCCCCUCUUUACAUAGCCAUCCUGUUUUCUGUAUCUGUGUUCGGGCCUGCCCUUGGCUACCUGCUGGGCUCCGUCAUCCUGCGGAUCUAUGUGGAUGUGGACAGACUGGGUUUCGGGGCCGAACACGAGCUGACACACGGUGACCCUCGCUGGGUCGGGGCCUGGUGGAUUGGCCUGCUCAUCACCGCCGGCUGCCUUGUUCUCACAUCCAUCCCCUACUUCUUCUUCCCUCGUAGAAUGCCUACAGAGGAUAAUGUGAUUGGAAAUGAAAAUGACAUAAAUGGUGACUUCAAGAAGCCAGAUGUCUCUUUAUUUGAUUUCCUGAAAAUGUUUCCCAGAAUGUUCAUCCACCUCCUGUUGAGUCCCCUCUUCCUGAUGCUGGUCCUGGCCCAGUGCUGCUUCUCCUCAGUGAUUGCGGGUCUCUCUACGUUCCUCAACAAAUUUCUGGAGCGGCAGUACAGCACGUCGGCCUCCUACGGCAGCUUGCUCGUAGGUGCUGUGAAUCUGCCAGCAGUAGCAGUGGGAAUGCUGAUUGGCGGACUCAUCAUGAAGAAGGCGGGUCUUUCUCUGAAGACGAUCCCACGCUUCUCUGUGGUCAUGCUGACCACGUCCACCCUCAUCUGUAUCCCGCUGUUCUUCAUGGGCUGUCCCACCCAGAACGUCUACGAGAUCAAUCCCCCUCAGAACGAACAGUCCGGGACACUCUCCACGUGUUACUCCAACUGCUCCUGUCCUGACAACGCAUUCAACCCUGUGUGUGGGUCUGAUGGUAUCGAGUACCGCUCUCCUUGUCACGCAGGCUGCACCAACUUCACAAAAGAGCCCGGCAACAGCCUCAGGGUUCAGCUGUACACCGACUGCAGGUGUGUAUCUGGGAGCGAGGGUCAGGCCCGUCCGGCUGCCUGCUCGAACAGCUGCCCUCAUUUACUUCUACCCGUCAUCCUCGUCAUCUCUCUGGCAUCACUCGUCGCCUGCUUCACUCAUAACCCCAUGUACAUGAUGCUGCUUAGAUCUGUUCCCUCUGAAGAGAAGUCAUUUGCUAUAGGAAUCCAGUUUUUACUCAUGAGGGUAUUAGCCUGGCUGCCUGCCCCCGCUCUCUUCGGGAUGGCCAUUGAUUCGUCCUGUAUCUGGUGGAAGCAUGUGUGCGGAAAGAGGUUUAGCUGUGGUUACUAUGACAACAACAUCUUGAGGAAUCGAUACCUGGGCCUGCAGGUGGGUUAUAAGGUGAUGGGCAUCGUGCUUCUGAUGAUGCUGGGCUGGAAGGUGCAUCGGACCCAGGAGUACAGUCUGGAGAAGAGGCCCGAAGGACUCCUGUGACGCCGCUGAGCCUGCGUGUUGACGGAAGCCUCCCUGUUUCUUAAAGCUUGGCUGUGGUGUUGAACGUGUUGGAGAACAGGGAGAAGUGCUGAGAAAAGCUGUGUCAGCGGGAGAAAGCCACAAGCCAAGAGAGGCCUACACUUAUCUCGAUAUCUGUA